GGAUUUGGCGUGGUCCAUUGGACCUCCUCCAAGCAAUAAUCAGACCUCAAGAACGGCCAAACCCCACCCUCAAGAAAGGCCGCUUGGAAUAUGGAUAUCUUUCGAUCUCAUCAGUCUCCCGCUUUCGUCCUCUCUCUCCCUCUCCCCCUCUCUUUCUCGCCAUGGAGGCCCUCGCUCCAGCUAGCUCGCUUGCGAUCUCCCACCCGUCACCUCGUCCUUCACGCGGCUCACCGGCGAGGCUCUGCGCCGCUCGGGGCCUCACCGCCUUCCGCCGCGGGCGGCCGCCGCUUCGUCUCCGGGCGGCAACGGCUUCGGAUUCGAUCGGCCAUCUUGAUCCGCAGCGGGACUCGGAUCCCGUGGAGGUGAUUGGAAUUGGGAGCAGGAAGGACGCUGUCAUUGAUUUCUGUCUGAGUUCUCCCUCUGUCUCCUCCUCUCGCCUCCGAUUCUGGACAAUUCAUAUGAGAGAUAAUCUCAAGAUGCAAUUACUUCAAAGAUGUCAUGGAACAGAUGUGAUUCUCAGAAAUGUGGAAUUUCCGCUAUCACUGCAUCCAUGUCCUUCAGCUGUCAUUCUUGUAGCCACUGCAGGACAUGGUUUGGAUCAUAUUACAGCGAUCGAACUUCUAAAUGCUGUUAAGUUAGCAGGUGGAUUAACUGUAGCUAUUAUUUUGAAGCCCUUCAGUUUUGAGGGACAAAGACGGCAAGAAGAGGUAUUUGAAUUGAUAAACAAACUUCAAGAGUGCUCGUACUUUCAAAUUGUAGUGGAAGUGGAUUCUUUACUUGAAAAAGAAAUCCAAACUCUUGCCGAAGCUUUAGAAAGUGCAAAUAAUGCUGUCUUCUUGGCUAUAAGUGCAAUUUCUAAUCUGAUGUCUGUAAGUUUACUUCCUUACAAUUCUAAAGCUUCUGUUUUGUCCAGCCUCAUAGUAACCGUGAGUUUUCAGGAGACACAUCUGAAGUUACAAAAUUCACCAGAUGGAGAAAUCAAGGAAUUUGAACCCCUGGAACUUGUAAAACUUCUAAAAAGCUAUGGAGAAGCUAAAGUUGGUUUCGGAGUGGGUUACAACAUUAAAUCAGCAAUUACGCAGGCUGUCUUCCAUUGUCCUUUUCUUGGUUGUGGUAUAAAGGACCUGAAUGGCCUGGUUAUCUUCGUCCUUGCAAGUGCUUCUGCGCUGGAUGAAAGUGAUUUGCUUUCCAUUAUUGUUAGCUUUCGUCGAAUAACAGAAUGCACAAGAGAAAUCAUAUUUUCAAGAAUUCACGAACCUAGUAUGGAGCCAAAUCUAUUUGUCAUAACACUUCUAAUUGUGGGCUGCAAUCAGAAAAUUGUCUCUCAGAAGAGGAGUUUUUUGUCAAGCCUGGCUCUGCACAUUCCCUUUCUCUCACCUCUUCUGGGAAGAGAUAUUUCAGAACUGGAUGAAAACCUGUCAGUUCAUUCUCCUAACCCUGCAGCAGAUGUCUGCAUCUCGCCAGAUAUGGCAAGCAUGUCAAACUUGGAUUUAUCCAAUGGUGCUCUUGAUACAUUUUCUGAGGAAAUAGAAACUGAACCAUCCAGCAAAGAUUCAAGUAGUGAAAGUAAAAGAGAUGGAGUUGAAUCAUCAGAGUCCAGCAAUGAAUCAAUCUAUGAAAAUGGUAACCAAAUAAAUGAAGAUAUUCGAAGGAAGCAACCUAAUAGCUGGAAUAUAGGUCCAGCAUUCUCCAUGGCACAGCUAUGGGCUAGACAGAGGGCUGUCUUAAAUGGAACUAACAGGAUUGGUGAACUGGAUACUUUCACUCUUCCUGUUGGUGUAAAGUCAUUUGAGCAGUGUUCUGCUUGUUCCUCUGACUCUGCACUACUAGAAACUUUGGAUGACCAUGGCACAGGUGGAGAGUUCUUGGGUACUCAAAAUGCCCAACCUUGGGACACUUUUACUGAUUUAGGUUUGGAGGCAGUAUUUGAUGUUUAUAAUUCUAUAUUGACACUACUAAAGGGGAGAAACAGGGAUGAGUCCAGAAAGCGAGGAUUGCUUUCUGCACGUGCUGCAUCAAUGCUGGAGGCAGAAAGGGAAUCACAAAAAAGUUUCGCUCCUGUUAUGGAAAUUCAGUACAGGGGAGGAAUUUAUAGAGGGCGAUGCCAAGGAGGUCUUCCUGAAGGAAAGGGUCGUAUAACCUUCACAGAUGGAAGCUUCUAUGAUGGCAUAUGGCGGUAUGGCAAAAGAUGUGGUCUGGGUACCUUAUGCUACAAUAAUGGAGAUAUGUUCCAAGGAGCAUGGAGGGAUGAUCUUAUGCAUGGGAAAGGUUGGUUCUAUUUUCAUACUGGAGACCGUUGGUUUGCGAACUUUUGGAAGGGCAAGGCAAAUGGAGAGGGGAGAUUUUAUUCAAGGAAUGGUAGCAUCUUUUUUGGCCAUUUUAAAAAUGGCUGGCGUCAUGGGCAAUCCCUAUAUAUAGAUAUUGAUGGAUCAAGGUGGACUGAGAUAUGGGAUGAAGGUGUGCUUGUUAGCAGGACUCUGCUAGACAAGGAAGCUUCUGGGAAAUAGAGCAUUUCAAACAAGGUGUGCUUGCAAUUAGAGCUCCUGGAUGAAGGUGUGCUUGCAGGAAAAUUUUAAACAGGAAUGCUAUUUAUCUUGAGCAUUUCAAUCUUCUCAGAUCCUCUUCUACUGCAAUUCUUCUCAUCUUUAAAUCACCAUGUGUGAUUUGAUGGGCAAUCUAUAUGGGAUGAAGUGUGCUUGCUAGCAGGACUCGGCUGGACAUGUGGGCUUCUGGGUAAUUGGUUGUCCAGCGUUUCUGAAGAGAUCUAUUUAACUUUCAUUGGCAGACCAUUUGUGGUGUCUGUUGGUUCUUUUGUAUAGGGUUUGAUUCGUCUGCAGAAUACUUUUUACAGCAAUUUUGGAUUCACCAGUCUCGAGACAAAGUUUGCUGUGGUUCAACAUACUAUGCAGGACUGGGGCAAACAAGAUUUGACGUGGAGUUGGGAGCCCUGGCAUCACUCGUUAGAGCAACUAUUGUCUAUUAACAAGAAUAAUACUCCAUUUGCCAUUAAAUAAAUAUUUGUAUACAGCCUGCAAAAGAAAGAUAGUAUCAAAAACAGGAGCCAGAAAUUCUUCUUUUCUUAUCCACACAGUAACCUAAUACGGCUGUCUAUUAAUGUUUGACUACAAUUAUUCAGUGCAUGUGAGGAUCUAUCAGAUCUUGAUAUGAAAAUUAUUUGUAAUGUAGAAUUGAGAAAUGCAAUGAGAUCCGUGCUGUCUAAAGUCUAGUAC